AUGCUGGCGUUUGACAAAAGACUAAAAUCUAAUAACGUAGACCACAAAGCUAAGUUCAGGUCUAAGAAAGGCCAGCUCCCAUUCAUUGAGUUGAACGGUGAAGAGAUCGCUGACAGCACCUUCAUCAUCAAGCAGCUCUCCGAGAAGUACAACAAGGACCUUGACGCAGCCCUAACGCCGGAACAACGCGUCGUCACUCAUGCUAUGGUAUCGAUGAUCGAGAAUCAUCUAUCAUGGGUGAUGCUCUGGUGGCGUGCUAAGUACCCGGAUAGUGUCAUCAAGGGUUACCAGGUCAACUUGCAGAACGCUCUUAACACACGUCUGCCCAACGCAAUCUUGAACUUCUGCUACAAACUCACCUCUGGACGUAAGGGGAUGAAGAAGGCCAAAGCCCACGGCAUCGGGGUACACAGUCAGGAAGAGAUCAUCGAGUUCGGCAAGAACGAUCUCCGCGUGCUCUCGGACCUGCUCUCCGACAAGCCUUUCUUCUUUGGAGACGAGCCCACUCUUCUUGACGUUGUGGCAUUCGCAAACUUAGCCCAACUUCACUUCAUUGACAAAGAAGUGCCGCACCUGUUGCGCGAUGCUAUGAAUGAGUCGUUCCCGAACCUAGUUGGUCUAGUGUCUCGUAUCAAGGAGCGCGCCUACCCCGACUGGGACGAGAUUUGUGUCAGCGAGGUCGCUCCUCCUGCCAAGAAGGAGGCCAAAGAGACCAAGGAAGGCACAGACAAGCCAGAAAAGCAGCCGCUUGAGGAGGCAGAGAAGGAAAAGGACGAAAAAGAGGAGUUAGCUGAGAAGGAGCCAGAAGACAAAGAGAACGAGAAGGAGAAGGAGAAGUAA